AUAGCAGAAGGGUUGAAACCCCUCACAACAAUCACUGCUUACUGAUAUUGUCUGGCUACAUGGCAACUUGUGUUUGUCUAAAAAAGGGCGACUUAGUUAGGUUGGAGAUGGUAGUUUUUCUGGUGGUGACGUACACUCGCUCCAGUUCUCAGAUAUAACUAGUGUUUUAAAUCCAAAGUAUUUAUAUCGUUUCAGACUGAUGUAUUAUAGGUUCAAAUCCAGUUUACUAAACUGUUCUUAGUUAGAGUCCAGCAUUACAUAGUUCUGACAAUGUUAAAAUAGUUUAGUUCACUGGCAACAGCAAAUAAUUUAAUAAAGUGCCUGGAUGAUUUUCAAACUCAUUGUCAGGUCCGAUGACGUGAGAAUGCUACUUGAGCAAAUGAGGAGGAGCACAGCCCUCAUUGCCCAGAGGCUGGAAAAUGCAGGGUCUCCUGUGUCAGAUGGUGCCAGCAAUUCCUCUAGCCCGAGUGUUUCUGCUGAGUCAAGUGGAUCUGUGGUAGCUGCAAGAUACACCAUGUCUGCACCAGUACCACAACUGCAUUGCACCCCAAUGAUGGCAUCUCAGCUUUUACACACCCCAAGUAUACCUUCUUCCUCCAGGGAUGAUAAUGUCCAAAGAGACCUGGCUCGCUUAUUUCGACCCUACAAUACUCUGAGUUGCAGUGGAAGAGGUCCUGCACAAAGAAGAAAAAAAGAAGUGCCAUGGUCACACUUUUUUUUUUGUCUGCCAGAACCUGAGACAGUGUCUGUCCCUACCAAGGAGGAGGCUCUUUAUUACGAGGAAUGCGGAAUUGGGAAGAAACUAGUCACAUUUGCCAGAAAUACAGGAGAUCACAGUUUCUUGUCGGAACAUCUUUACUCUGCAUUUCCCCUUUUGACAGAGGCUGGGGGGUUUUCUCUGGCGAAAAGUGACAGGAGGAAGCAGUUAAGUCUGCUUCCUAUUCCAGCAAGUGGAUAUUCAUUAGAAUACCUUCGAUGUAGAGUGGAAAUAAAAAGGGCUCCACUCUACAUUAUUCCCCUCCAAAGAGCAUUGACAUUACAGCCACCACACAUCGAGACCACUGCUGUGAUGGAGAGGUGCCUAUCAUGCCAGGUGAAUGUACCACUGUGUGGGCUCGCACAACACAUAAAAACAUGUGCCCAAACACAGGAAAGAGCUGAAGAAGCACAGUUGUUGUCGGAUGAAAGAACAGACAAUGAAGAUGAAGAUGCAGACCUUGCUGCUGCAAUUUUCGAGUCACUCCAGGCAGAUGUGGUAGUCCAAAUUGAAGAGCCGCCUAUUGUUCUUGAUAUUGAGCAAGGUGAACAAGAGUAAGUGACACUUUAGUUUCAUUUUAUUUCCUACCUUCUGUCAUUUAAUCAACAUUAAAUAUGCUAAAAGUGUAAUAUGAAUUUCGAAGACAUUGUUUUCUAAAUUGCAAAGUGUGGGCUAAGAAAAAUUGUUUUUUUUUUUUUUACAGAAAAGAUUUGACGUCUAUUUUGAAGGACCUCCAAAGCCAGGUGGAUGAGGGACCUGCCCCCCCUCAUAACU